CCCGGGGGAAGUAUCUCUGCUCCAAAGGUCUGUUUUCGUUCACUGCUGAACUUUAGACUACGGUGGCCUUCAACAGUAAACAAGGAGCAACUCUCCAGUCCCUUAAAAAGUGGGAAAGCCUGUGCAGUACACACACUUGUUAAGCAAAUCAAGAGGAGUGCAUGGGAGACGGGACCUCUGCCCCAGGACAAUGAAGUCAUACCAGAAGCUGACAACAACACAGCCAGCAGCAUGCCGGGUAGAAGAGGAAGGGGCUGCCCCGCUGCCCACCGGCCGAGGGAAGCUGGCCCGGUGGUGGGUGGGCAGCGGGCUGCUGGUGGUCGCUGUGCUGCUGAGCACCAUCACUGUCUGGGUGCUGCGCCAAGUAUCGGGGAGCUGGCUCGGACCCACGCCACCCCCGAAAUGUCUCCUGGUUCCUGAGAGCCGUCGCUUUGACUGCUACCCCGAGCGGCAGGUGGUGGUGACCCAGGAGCUCUGUGAAAACCGAGGAUGCUGCUUCAUCCAGACUCCCCCACCAGCAGAGGGCAAGCGGGGGGUGCCCUGGUGCUUCUAUCCCCCUGACUUCCCCAGCUACACCCUGGAGAGCCUCAACCAGACAGCGCUGGGCAUGGCGGGGUUGCUGGUGCGAAGGGAGAAGGCCUAUUACCCCCGGGACAUCGAGAGGCUGAGGCUGGAUGUGGAGUUUGAGACAGACACGCGGCUGCACAUCAAGAUAACAGAUGCAGCCAACCCACGCUAUGAGGUUCCCCUCGAUGUUCCCUGGGUGAUGAAGAGAGCGGAAAACCCCAUCUACAGUCUGAACUUCUCCCGGGACCCCUUUGGGGUGCUGCUGCAGCGCAAGGCGACAGGGACAGUGCUGCUCAACACCACCGUGGCCCCCUUGAUCUUUGCUGACCAGUUUCUCCAGAUAUCCACAUCACUCCCAUCCAAGUUCCUCUAUGGGCUGGGGGAGCACCGUGGCAGCUUCCUGCACAGCCUGGACUGGAACACCCUCACACUGUGGGCCCGCGAUGUCUCUCCCACGGAAUCGUUCAACCUGUACGGCGCUCACCCCUUCUACCUGCUGAUGGAGGAGGGUGGAGAUGCUCAUGGCGUUUUCCUCCUCAACAGCAACGCCAUGGAGGUGGCCCUGCAGCCUGCUCCAGGCCUGACCUGGAGGACCAUUGGAGGAGUGCUGGAUUUUUACAUCUUUCUGGGGCCCGAUCCCAACAUGGUCAUCCAGCAGUACCAGCAGGUGAUAGGUUUCCCAGCCAUGCCGCCCCUCUGGGCCCUCGGCUUCCACCUCUGCCGCUGGGGCUACGGAUCCAGCAAUGAGACCUGGCAGACCGUGAGAGCCAUGAGGAACUACCAGAUCCCCCAGGAUGCGCAGUGGAAUGACAUCGAUUACAUGGACGGGUACCGGGACUUCACCUUGGAUUCCCAGAAGUUUGCCUCCCUCCCCUCGCUGGUGCAAGACCUCCACAAACAUGGGCAGCACUACGUUAUGAUCUUGGAUCCUGGCAUCAGCAGCACCAGCCCUCACGGCUCCUAUUGGCCUUUUGAUGAAGGCUUGAGACGGGGCUUGUUCCUCAACACCACACAAGGGCAGCCACUCAUCGGGCAGGUCUGGCCUGGUUUCACUGCCUUCGCAGACUUUUCCAACCCAGACACACACCAGUGGUGGCUGGAGAACCUGCAGCACUUCUAUGCCCACGUGCCCUUUGACGGCCUCUGGAUCGACAUGAAUGAGCCAUCCAACUUCAUGGAUGGGUCUGAGGAUGGCUGCCCCCCGGGAGACUUCGACAGCCCACCCUACACUCCGGCCGUGCUGGGCGAUUCCCUCUCUGCAAAGACGGUGUGUGCCUCAGCAAAGCAGAAAGCCUCGGUGCACUACAACCUCCACAACCUCUACGGGCUGAUGGAAGCCAAAGCCACAGCAAGCGCUUUAGUCCAGAUCCGGGCGAAGCGCCCCUUCGUCAUCUCCCGCUCCACCUUCCCCAGCCAGGGCCGGUACUCAGGGCACUGGCUGGGUGACAACCGGAGCCAGUGGAAGGACAUGUAUUACUCCAUUCCAGGGCUGCUGAGCUUCAGCCUCUUUGGCAUCCCGCUGGUCGGGGCGGACAUCUGCGGCUUCUCCGGCAGCACCUCGGAGGAGCUGUGCACCCGCUGGAUGCAGCUCGGUGCCUUCUACCCCUUCGCUCGCAACCACAACACCCAGAACGAGAAGGCCCAGGACCCAACGGCGUUCAGCCCCGCAGCCAGGACGGCCAUGAAGGACGUGCUGCUGACACGCUACUCCCUCCUGCCCUUCCUCUACACCCUUUUCCACCAUGCCCACCUGCAAGGGGACACUGUUGCCCGGCCCUUGUUCUUUGAGUUCCCUUGGGAUGUGGCCACAUGGGAGCUGGACAGGCAGUUCCUGUGGGGCCGGAGCCUGCUGGUAACACCGGUGCUGGAGCCUGGGGUGGACUCAGUCACAGGUUAUGUCCCCCAAGGCAUGUGGUAUGACUUCUACACGGGCUCCUCAGUGAACAGCAGUGGGGAGAUGUUGAAGAUGUCAGCCCCUCUGGAGCACCUCAACCUGCACAUCCGGGAAGGUUCCGUCCUGCCCACCCAGGUGAGUGUCACCUCCCUGGGCGCUGUCCACAGCGCAUAUGUGUCCCCCAGCACCUCAAGUCCUGGACCCCCAUGCAAAUGGCCCUACAGAAUCCAUGUCUUUGAACCCCAGAAACCAGGAACCACCACGGAGGUGACCCGAGGGAACCCCCUGCGUCUCAUCGUGGCCUUGUCCUCACAUGCCACUGCAUGGGGGGACCUUUUCUGGGAUGAUGGCGAGAGCUUGGACACCUUUGAGCAAGGCAACUACUCCUACGUGGUGUUCAAUGUCACGCAGAACAUCUUCACCUCCACCGUCCUCCAUGCCAGCACUGAGGCCACCAAGGUCACCAUUGGCACACUGAGCAUCUUUGGGGUGCAGAAGCCACCCAGCAAGGUCCUCCUGAACGGCCAGGAGAAACCCUUUUCCUACCUGGACAACCAGGUUCUCACCGUGAGUGACCUUGGCAUCAGCCUCAGCCAGGGCUUCUCCCUGCAGUGGCUGUGAGCAGGGGGCCGUAGGGUGACCCCCACCUCACCAGGACCACCCACCCGGGAGAUGCUGGCUGCUCCAGCCCCUGAAGCCAGGAUGCUGCCAUGGAGGGGGCAUUGGGGACUGUCACCUGCUGCUGCGUGUCCCCCUCCAGCACAGCUGGGGACAGGGGGUGUGGGAUGGGGGCUUGGCUGACGGGUGCCCCGUGCACGGUCCUGGGUGGGUGGUGUGGGUGGAGGUGGGGGUACCUGCGGUCCCUGCUGCAAUAAAGGCAUGUGGAGAGCUUG